AUGGAUGAGAUCCUAAUGGGGAAGCAGCAAUUACAGGGUGAAAUGAGAAAGUAUUGGAGACAGCGCCAUAAUCUUUUCACCAAAUACGACAAUGGAUGUCUAAUGACGAGGGAACUGUGGUUCAGUGUUACCCCUGAAUUGAUCUCUGAGAGAAUGGCUGAGAUAAUCCAGCAAGAAUAUGACCUUGAACUAGGAGAAAAUACAAGUGUAUUGGAUAUGUUCUGUGGAGGUGGAGGUGAUAGUAUAUCUUUCCUUAAAAGGGGCUGGCGUGUAUUAGCCUGUGAUAACAACGAGACGCAUCUUAAUUGCACCAGACACAAUGCACAAAUUUACGGAGUGGAUCGUCAUUUAGAGACUUUUCUUGUUGAUUGGACAGGAAGCGAAUCUGCAGAGUACAAGUUGUUCCACAGUAUGAUUUCCAUCAAGAAGGUUGAUUUUGUGUUUGGGUCUCCGCCGUGGGGGGGUCCCACGUACAAGAACAACACGACCUUCUCUGCAGAGAGAGACCUCCUUCCCUUCCCUCUACACAAGCUGUUGCAGCUCUCCCUCGAGUUCUCCAAUAAGGUUGCCCUCUUUCUCCCACGUAAUAUUGCAGUCAAUGAACUUGUCUCUGUUAGUGAAGACAUCUUCCCCGGAGCCGAGGUGGAUCUACGUGUUGUGCAUCUCUCACUGUCCGGCUAUAGCAAGGGUGUGCUGGCUCUUUGGACAGUACAUGGUGGUGUAAAUGUAUAG